UAUGUGACACAUGCUAUGAAAACAUGAGGAAAUGUAGUGGUAUUAUAUUUUUAUUUUUGUUGUGAAAUUAAUUUGUGUGGUAGUUUAACUGUUAAAAUUUAGUAUUCUGUGUAUGUAUAAAAUGUGUCCUUACAUUGCAAUCAUUUUAAUUAUAUUUAAAUUAAACUCUUUGGGUAUGCGUGCAAGUAAUGAGCACGCAACAGAAUGGAUUCAGAAACUUGGCAGGUAAACAAUGGAACGUAAAGUUUUUAAACAAUGGAGCACUAAUAUUUUAACUGGUUGACAAGAUUUUACACAGAAGAACUAUAGUUUACUGUUCAUAAUUGUUAGAAUUUUCUAAAUUUUAUAAUGUGCGUUUCUAAGACGGAUACAGAAGUAACAAAGGAGCAUCUCUACCCGGCCUCUUAAUGAAGUUCAAGGGGAGAGCAGACAGAAGCAACCAAUGGGAAACUGUUUUUCUUGCUUCAAAGUCCCUCCGCCGGCAGACUUGUCCAACAAUUCUUCCUUGGACAAGGGCAAGGACGAGAGGGAGCUGGUGAAUGUGAUCGGCUCCCUGGAGGAACCGCUCCACUUGCCGCUGACUGCGGGGGAGCAGCAGGCCAACGGGAACAGGAACUCGGUAGCGGGCGUGGGCGACAGCGACACCUUGCCCCGGGAGAAGCUGACGCGCCCCUUCUACGGCCGCCUGCCGCCCCUGGGGCGCUCCGCCGGCGGCGGCGAGGCCAAGGGCAAGGAGGCGUCCGACGCGAAGCUCAACGCCCUGUUCGAGCACUACCGGGACGCCGGCGAGGACGCCAUGCUGGCCGACGGCAUCGAGAGGUUCUGCGCCGACCUGGCCCUCUCGCCCGACGAGUUCAGAGUGCUGGUGCUGGCGUGGAAGUUCGACGCCCAGCAGAUGUGCCGCUUCUCCAGGUCCGAGUUCGUGGGCGGCUGCCGGGCCCUGCGGGCGGACACGCUCCGCGGCAUCCAGUCGCGGCUGCCCGAGCUGGUGGCGGAGGUGGCCGGGAGCCCGGACCUGUUCAAGGACCUGUACCGCUUCACGUUCCGCUUCGGCCUGGACUCGGAGUGCGGCCAGCGCAUCCUGCCGGCCGAGAUGGCCGUCUGCCUCUGGAGGCUGGUGUUCUCGGUGCGGGAGCCGGCCGUGCUGUCGCGCUGGCUCUUCUUCCUGGAGACCCACCCCCACGUCAAGGGCAUCCCGCGCGACACCUGGAACAUGUUCCUCAACUUCUGCGAGGCCGUGGACGAGGACUUGAGCUUGUACGACGACACGGCGGCGUGGCCCAGUCUGUUCGACGACUUUGUGGAGUUUGAGAACGACCAAGCAAACCAGAAUAUUUCUAAAGACAGAGACGAACUAAUCAAACAAGACUGUGAGUGAAUGUUUUGCUGCGAAAUUGUGAAAUAUAUGAAUGGUUAAAAAGUAUUUUUGUGAGUUACAUCAAAGACUGAUGUUUAUAUUUAAAAAAAUAAUAAUAAUAUUUUUUACAACAUAAGGUAAAUUGGGUUUUGUUUUGAAAAAUAACUUAAAAUAAACAUACUGGUUUUCUAAUCAACCUAUAUACUUGAUAGCAAAAUGUUAUUUCAAAUGUUGUUUCUGAAGAAAAUACUGUUUUAUGUUUAAUUUUUGAUCUUCAUCCUUACUGAGCAUGAAGUGUAAGCCAAUCAUGUUAACUUUAUGUUGGAUUAUUUGUCAGAAAUUGGAGGAAAAUGUGAUAUAUAAAAUAUUAUUGUGUUCAGUUAUCAGGGCAAAAAUGUAUAAACAGACCAUCUUUCUCAAGAGAAAGACUGAAUUGUGAUUUUUAUAGGUGUCAGCCUUUGUACAUUGAUUGAUGUUUCGUCAGACAUAAUUCUUGGAAAAAAAGGUGCCUCGUAGAGAAAUUUAUUUAUGUUGUAAUAUUUUCUAUGCUGAAAGUGAGCGGGAACAUUGGCAGUGUUAUGAUGUUAUUGAUUUUUGUUCUCAUUAAGUUAGCUGCAAAUUUUUAAGGCUUUGUAAAUAAAUUAUAUUAUUUAGUUGUGGGAUAUUUCAUAUCAAGUGAAUGUUCAGUGUUUGCUUGUAAUAUAAACAAUGAAUAUUUUUGUUAUUUUGGUAGCGGGGCAUACAGUGCUCCCAGUUGCAUAUCUGCAUGUUGGAAUCUCGUGUGUCUUAACAAUUUACUAUAUCUGUUAAUAAACUGUAAAGUCAGUGA